AUGGAAGUGAGUGACGAAGGCUUCGUUAGUGGGUUGCCCUUGACACCCACUAAGAAAGAUUCUAUUUGGGUUAUCGUAGAUCGAUUGACCAAGUCUGCUCAUUUUAAUCUGAUUCAGAUGGACUACUCUUUGCAGAAGUUAGAGAAGCUCUAUAUCUCUAAUAUUGUAAGACUGUAUGUGGUUCCCAUUUCGAUUAUUUCUGAUAGAGAUUCUCACUUCACUUCUUGGUUCUGGAAGAAACUACAUGAGGCUCUUGGUUCGAGAUUAGAAUUCAGUACUAUUUUGGGUCCUGAGUUGGUUUUUGAUACCGAUUAUAAGGUUAGACUAAUUUGGGAUCGUCUGAAGGCUCCUUUUGAUAGAAAAAAGUUAUAUGUGGAUCUGAAGAUGAGAGAUAUUGAGUACUCUGUGGGUUACUUCGUUUUUCUUAAGGUUUCUCCGUGGAAGAAUGUUCUGAGAUUCGGUUGUAAUGGCAAGUUGAGCCCUAGGUUUACUGUGCCAUAUCGGAUUCAAAAGUAUGUGGGACCGGUUACUUAUCAGUUGGAGUUACCUUCAGAGUUAGAUUGUAUCCACGAUGUGUUUCAUGUCUCGAUGUUGAGGCGAUACUGGUUUGACCCAUCUCAUGUUGUCUCUAUUGACAAUAUCGAGGUUAGACCGGACUUGACCUUUGAGGAAGAGUCAGUUCAGAUUCUAGAUUGUGAUAUUAAGGUUCUGAGGAGGAAGCCCAUUCCGUUAGUGAAGGUUCUGUGGACGAAUCAUAGCACUAAGGAAGCCACGUGGGAACCUGAGGACUCGAUGCGUCAGCUAAAGCAGAGAGGGAAACUCUCUGCCAGGGUUUUCUUUAACCCAAACUCCCUAGCCGCCACAACCACUUCGGCGAACCCGAAUCUCCCCUCCGGUUCCAAUUUGGCAGCAAACAAGGUUUCGUCUUCCUCUACGCAGAUGAAGAUUCGGGGAGGCGGCUAG